AAUUUUCAGAGUGUUAUAAAUGAAGUAUGUACAGAUAAUUGCGCAUAUUGCAGUCAUGUGAGCGAAGCUAUCAGAAAAUGAAUAUAGAUAGUAUUGGGCGAAUCAGAUCGUCGCAAAUCGGUGAAGGUCCUCAUUCUUUGCAGAUUUCGCAGGCGACCCGAGUCUUCAGUCAUCUUGGAGGAGUGUCACAUAACUUCGGAACCCUUUAUAAGCAAGAUGCCAACAAUUUUGAAAUCUACAAACGUUCAGUUGAACCUCUGGUUGAACUUUGUAUCAGUGGUUUCAAUUGUGCGUUUAUCACUUUCGGAGAAAGUCAAUCUGGAAAAUCAUUCACGUUAUCUGGAGAGAAUAUUCAUAAGCAAGGAUUAGCCCCGCUAGCUAUAGAUGGCUUCUUCUCCAGGUUAUCCGAAGAAUUCGGCAAAGAUACCAAAAUUCAGUCCAACUGCCAAGUGUCGAUUUCCAUGUUCGAGCUCUACAAUGAGAAGGUGCGAGACUUGUUCACAAUUCCAAAAGCACAGUCUGACUUCCUCAAAGUGGUCGAGACUGCAGAAGAAGGCUUCUGUGUGCAAAACGGACAAAAGUUGAGUGUGAAUUCGGGGGCUGAGGCCACCAGGGCCUUCAGAGAUGGGUGGGGGAGGAGAACGCAAGUGCAGACUGACUAUGGACUGUCCCACACAUACUCGUCCGUCAUCUUCCAAAUCGACCUUUCACUCGUCACACGUGAUAAUCCAGCUCCGAACAGGUCUCGUUUGGUGUUUGUGGACUUGCCGGCUGCUGAGAAGUUGAUCUAUGACUCACAGGAGUUACGACUGAGAGAGGGGCCCACUCUCAACAAGGGACUGUUUGCACUGUCCAGAAUGGUGGGAAGCAUAGCCAAUGAACAGAAGCCAGACAGAGUCAUAGACCACGGUGACUCUAAGCUGUCGCAGCUGUUGGUGGAUGUGUUGAGUGGGAACUGUAAGACGACAGUGAUGACCUGUCUCCGACCCCAUUGUGAGCCUUCAGUGUUGGCCACCAUCCUCAGAGUCAGUGACCAAUUCAGCAGGUGCAGAACACUCCCCAUCAUGAACGACGCAUUCGGACAGGGACUAGAAAUGCAAUACAGAAGUAAGAUGCUCAGACUUCAGGAUGAGUUGGGAAUGGUUCCGGAACAGAGUAGCAAACCAGAUGUGCAGUCUCUCAGGGACGAAAUGAAGAGAGUGAAGAACGAAAAUCUGCACUUGAGGGACAAGAAUGAGAGACUGUAUUCUAAAUUGGAGAGUCUGCAGACUAAACUGAACGACAUUGCAGUGUCCAAGAGAGACAUCUCUUCCAACUACGUCCUGUCAGAGGAGGAGAAACUGAAGGUGUCCAAGGCGCUGGUGGAUUUGCAGAUAGAGAACAACAGACUGAAAGAGGAUACGGAACAGACCAAGUUCGAACAGACCAACAAGAGUCUUCUGUUGGAGUCUCAGUUAAUGGAGGCGCAGAUGGAGCGGGAGAGACUGCAGAGGACAGCGAAGGAGGCAGUGGACAGACUGGAGGAUGUGGAGAAGGGCAGGAAACUGUUGGCAGAUGAGUUUGUGGCUCUCAAGGCCAACUACAUGGGACUGGCCAAGGACUACGACAGAGAGGUGGCUAGAAACGAGGAGUUGACAACAGAGUUGUUGACCAUAGUGAACACGAAGGAGGUGAUGAUGCGAGACAGGGCGGGAAGAAUCGGUCCUCCCCCUCCCACUGUGCCCCCCACUCACGACAGCUACGAUCUGGCUCAGGCAGAACUAGAACGCAUCAGGAGUCUCCUCAACAGAAUGAGUGCCAAGAAAAUUGACAAGGUGAUGGCUGUCCAUGACACUGCAUUGCUGGCUGAAGAUGACAGGCUGAGACUGGAAAAAAGUAUCUUCGGGGAUGUUGAGAGGUUCAACAAGGAGCUGGAAAGGAUCAGGAUCAUGUACGAUGACGAACAGAAGCAGCUCGAACACAGACUACAUGCGCUUGCGAAGGAUCUGGAAGACGCGAGGCAGGCGUCCAGGACAGCCCAGAAGAAGAUGGCGGAGACUGCGAGUGAGUUGUUCCAGUGCAGACAGAGCAACAAGGAGUUGGAGAGUGAGAACAACAGACUGCAGAACAGGCUGAAGGAUCUGAACGAGGAGUACAAGAGCAGACUCGUCCGAUAUGUGGACGACAUCGCCGAGUACAUAGACUCCACGCGUACUCAGAGUGAGAAGAACAUUAAGCUGAAGGCAUACAUGGAGGCCAUGAUGAAGGACAUCAAAAGAGCGUCUCACACGAGGGAGGAGCAGCUGACAGAUGCUGUGAAGAAGUACAAGGGAGUGUCCAAGACAUUCAUCAAGCGACACGAGGAACUGCUAGUCGCCUACAGACUUUUGCGGACUCAGAUCAUCAACUUGGGUUAUGACAUAGACCUGGGCCCUGACCAGUUUGACCUGUAUAUCAAUGAUGCGGAUCUGAAGCUCGACCAGCAGAAUGAUCUGGCCAAGUUGUCCCGUGCCCUGAAGGAGGCCCACGAAGAGAUCAGGAAGAUGAAAGAGGGUGUCACUAUAUCGCCCAAGGCCAGCACAAAGAUGGCGACCUCCUCGCGCAGAGCACUGCAUGAUGAGAUGGACGAUGCGAGACACUCUCUGCGCGAGUUCUCCCGAAACCAACUGAUGUCCUUGGAGGCUGAGAAGGCUGCCUUGCUGGCGAGGGCCACUGUAGCUGAGGAACAACUGCAGGAGACGCAGGAGUACAUCGACAAACACCUCACCAGGUACAAAGAAGAAAUUAUGCGUUUGCGGAGACUUUUGGGCGACCAGCUUGGGGAGAGAGGGGGCGGGGGUCAUCAUAUGAGACAUCCCUUGGGGGGAGGAGGAGGGGAAACAGCAGCUGAUGUGUUCAACAGAGUGGGCGAUAUGGGGGGACCUCUGCCCCCGAGACAGUCGCCGCCUCUCAGAUACUGACUUUGACAGGCGAGCUCAAAGAGGCAACUUCUAACAUGCCUCAACUCGUCACUAUUAGAACAGUACAUCAGAUGUUUUGACUGUUGUUGGCUUUCUAUCAGAGCUGAUUGGUUAAUGGUUUAGCCUGUAAAAUGGACUCUAGUUGAUUAAUGUAAAGUGUAAAUUAAGUAUAUGUUAAUAAUGUACAAAUUGUUCAAAAUUGACUCUUUAACAUUUAACAAUUUUGAAUCA